CUCCCGUCACCAGCCGUGGCCCGAGCGGCUACAGCGGCCGCGGGAGCUGGUCAGUUCCCGCACUCUCUUUUCGUCGUCCUUCUCCUCCCGAGCGCCCUCGGCCAUGGUGUCCCUCGGCUCCGUGACUAACCGACUGGGCUCGGUGUUCCCCUUCCUGCUCGUCCUGGUGGAUCUGCAAUACGAAGGUGCAGAAUGUGGAAUAAAUGGAGAUGUCGAAAAACAUCUAGAAAUGGGCAAGAAAUUAUUGGCAGCUGGACAACUAGCAGAUGCCUUAUCUCAGUUUCAUGCUGCAGUAGAUGGUGAUCCGGACAACUACAUUGCUUAUUAUCGAAGAGCUACUGUUUACUUAGCCAUGGGCAAAUCUAAAGCAGCAAUUCCUGACCUAAGUAAAGUGGUUGAAUUGAAGACUGAUUUUACAGCAGCACGAUUACAGAGAGGUCAUUUACUGCUUAAGCAAGGAAAACUUGAUGAAGCAGAAGAUGAUUUUAAAAAAGUGCUAAAAUCUCAUCCUAGUGAGACUGAAGAAAAGGAAGCCCAGUCUCAACUACUAAAAGCUGAUGAAAUGCAGCGCUUACGUUCACAAGCGCAUUGUGCUUUUGAUCGGGAAGAUUAUCAAGCAGCUAUAGCUUUUCUUGACAGCAUUUUAGAGGUUUGUGUUUGGGAUGCAGAGCUGCGAGAACUUCGGGCUGAAUGCUUUAUAAAGGAAGGGGAGCCAGGGAAAGCUAUUAGUGACUUAAAAUCUGCUUCCAAGUUGAAGAAUGACAAUACUGAGGCCUUUUAUAAAAUCAGCACAAUAUACUAUCAGCUGGGAGAUCAUGAACUGUCACUCAGUGAAGUCCGGGAAUGUUUAAAACUUGACCAAGAUCAUAAAAGAUGCUUUGCACACUAUAAACAAGUGAAGAAGCUUAACAAACUUAUUGAGUCAGCAGAGGAGCUCAUUAGAGAAGGCAGAUAUGUAGAUGCAGCUAGCAAAUAUGAAUCUGUAAUGAAAACAGAGCCAAAUACACCUAUUUAUACCAUUCGUUCCAAAGAGAGGAUUUGUCAUUGCUUCUCCAAGGAUAAAAAACCCGUUGAAGCUAUUAAAGCAUGUUCAGAAGUUUUACAACUGGAGCCUGCCAAUGUGAAUGCUCUCAAAGACAGAGCAGAGGCCUAUUUAAUAGAGGAAAUGUAUGAUGAAGCUAUUCAGGAUUAUGAAACUGCACAGGAACACAAUGAAAAUGAUCAACAGAUUCGAGAAGGACUAGAGAAAGCUCAAAGACUCUUGAAACAGUCACAGAAAAGAGAUUAUUACAAAAUCUUGGGAGUAAAAAGAAAUGCUAAAAAACAAGAAAUCAUCAAGGCAUACAGAAAGUUAGCGCUGCAGUGGCAUCCAGAUAAUUUUCAGAAUGAAGAAGAAAAGAAAAAAGCAGAGAAAAAAUUUAUUGACAUAGCAGCUGCUAAAGAAGUACUGUCAGAUCCAGAAAUGAGGAAAAAGUUUGAUGAAGGAGAAGAUCCCUUGGAUGCAGAGAGCCAACAGGGAGGUGGUGGCAACAGUUUCCAUAGAAGCUGGAAUUCAUGGCAAGGCUUUAACCCCUUCAGCUCAGGCGGACCAUUUCGAUUUAAAUUCCACUUUAAUUAAAACCAACAAUGUUUUUCUGCUACUGUUCCUUCUCCUAACUUUUUUAAAAUUAGAAAACAAACCUUGUUCCAGUUUCAGGACUCUAAUGAAAUAUUUCAAAUCUUUCUGUUGUCCAUAACCAAAGAAUUGUUUUAAUAGGAAGAAUCUUUUCCUGUCCAUUUUAAACUCUCUUGUUGGCUGGGGGUGGGAUGAUGAGUGAUGGUUCAGUGCCCGUGUGAAGCAGCCAAGUCUGGGGCAGACUCUCUUGUAUAAGCAUCAAUGUAUUUUUUUAUAUUUUUCGCAUUGGAGCAAAUGCAAAUCCUUCCUCCUGUCCAAUCCUUGUGUGGUGUGUCAGUACCUACAUAUGGUGCAUCUGUAAGCAUACAUAAGCCAAAAAAGAAGCUGUUGUUCUCAGAAGACUGGGCAUGUUUCAGUAUUCCAAAAGUGAAAAAUGAACGAUGAGACCACAUUCUAAACCGUAUUGUUUUAGGGUAACUUGGUUUUCUGAAGCAUAGACUGCUAGACUGGGAUUUUGAACAAACAGAACAGUUAUUGAUUUCUAAUAUUUUUAAAUGUUUAUUUGUUAAUAUUUGAACUUCCUUAAUACUAUAUUCAAUUUAAUGAUAUUGCUUCUCUAUGGCUACAAGUAAAGAAGUGAAAAUCUCUCAUUUAGAAAACUUGCUACCAAAUUUUGGAUUCUUGAUUGGGGUUAGAAAGCACAUUUUAUUUAUUUAUUUUUUUGGUAGCUGAAUGAGAGUUCCUCAGGACUGCAUAAUUGGAAUUGGAUGUCAUGAAGACCUGGGAGCAUUUUCAUUUAAGACUAAAAAGAGAUACUUUGUUUCUGUAAAAAGUUAUUUUCAAAUUUUGAAAAAUUUUUUGAGCAAUAUUGCUUCUAUACAAGUAGAGAGAAAAUUUUUUUUAAUAAUGAGUUCCUACCUGUCUUACCAAAUUUGCAAGAUCAAGAUUUGGUUUUGAAACUUAAAGUCACUUUUCCAGGAUAUAUAGGCCUUCAAAUACAGUAUUUCAAUAUCCUUUAUUGUGAUGGCUCUGUUAGAGUUCUUUUCUCAUCCCUGGGUUUACAGGACUCCUAGUUUCCUGACACAUUUCAAAAUCAGAUGUUACAAAAGGUACCAGUCUGAUUUAAGCUCCUGGGGUGUCUUACACAAUCUUUUUUCUUCGCCCUAGAAAAAUGUGCCUCGACUUGAACUCAACCCAAGUUUCCACCAUCAUUUCUCUGUAAAAAUAAUAUUUAUCUCCUGAUAGGUCACAUGUUCCUUUUCUGUGAGGCAAUUACUGAAUAGUAAUUAAGCUAUUCAGGCAUACUAUGGAGACUAUUUUUUUCCCUGUUCAGAAUAGGAAUUGAUCUCUUUUGAAUAGAUCUCUUUAACCAAGGACAUUGUACCUUUUAAGGAAAUGCUAGUGCUGCAUUUAAAAUCUAAGAUAAUAGAUUUAAUUAAUAAUUAUUAAUUGCUCCCAUUGAAGUUUUUUUAGAGCUCUGAGUUUUGGGGGAUCACUUUUAGUAGCAUAAGGUACUUAAAAUUAGUAGAGAAUCAAGAGAUCUAGUCAGUGGAGACGGUAAUUUGACUAUACUGAUGCCAGCAUUAUUAGCCAAGCACAAAAUUUUAUUCAUAAAUAUGAGUUUGCCUAAGAUUUUGUUUAAAAAGAUGUUGGAUGUUUAACUAUGUAGAUGAGUUGUAGAAAAUUUUAGCCGAUACCAUGAUGUCUAAUUGUCUCUCCAUAAAUGUAAAGCAUUGAAAAGAAAAUUUUUCAUUGAUUUGCAGUUUUCAUUUGUUUUAUAAUGUCUUGAAGCUCAAUCCACUAUAAUUUGCAAAUGUACAAUGUAAGCUAUAUUCUUUAACUCUUUGAAAAAAUCUUAAGCAUUUGUACAACUGGAACUAAUUCUGUUAUCUACAGAAAUUAUUUUUGAAUCUUGUCUUCCUCACAAAUUUUCCUUGGCGUCACACCAAGAAGACUACUACCCAGCUGAUAGCCCUGCAGGUAGUAGGGGUCUUCAAAACCCCAGAUAAAAAUGGAUUAAGUCCCCACAGCCUAACAUUUAAAGAAUACCAAAAUUGCCAGGAUGUGAGAGAGUUGAGUGGAUGAUUGUGAUGGUCAUGGAUCGGAUUGCAUUGGGAAUUCAUGUUCUUUAGGGUAUUUGUUACUGAUAGAGCAUCUAACUUCAGACUGCAUGCCUGAGUUUUCACCUCUCAAUAACCAUGAUUCCAAAGCCUCAAGUCAGUCACUCACCGAAGGGAGGUGGACAGUUAUGUUCAAAGCCUGUUUUCCUCUAGAAGCACCAUAAUUAUAAAUUAGAAACACUUGACAGCUUUAGUUCAUCCAAGAAGAAAGAGAAGCUAUAUAUUGCACAGUGCCAAUUCCAUUAAAGAGAAUGUGAGAUGUCUGGACUGGUAUUGCGUUCUGCUACUUGAGGAAGAAAGUAGGAAGACUGUGAAGCUCUUAUGAAGCCCAGUGAAUGCAGUUUGUAACAGUGAUAUAGAAACAUUUGCGUAUUAAGGAAUAGUAGAGCAGUUUGUCUGCCUAACAGUAGGAAGCCACACUGUACAAUGGACAGUGGCUGCUGCUCUUGUGCACUUUCUGCCGACAUACUGCUUUUGGUCACAGGCACAAAGCAUUUGUAGCUCUUUCAGGAAGAAUAUGCAGUGGGUCACAUGUAAGGAUACAUUAUCCUUAACUCUAUUGUGUUCUCUUCUGAAUUACUCACUUUUCAUUAGUGAGCUCCCUAAAUAAAAUGUCACUGGUCUAUUCCAUUGUAGUAAAGCUGGUUUAAUGGGAGUCACCCAUGGCAAAAAAGUAUUAAAUACACUUAUCUGUACAUGAUGCAAAAGCAGUCUUAAGAAGGGUAGUUUAAAACUCAUUGAGAAGUCUGAAAGUGUGUACAGAAGUUUGCUUUUUGCCAGAAUAAAUGAAAAUGUAAACACUACUUUGAGCAUCCUCUGCUGAAGUGAAUUUUAUAAUAAGCAAUCUAGCCAUCAAUUUGACUUUUAAAAAUGACAGUUUUCCAUUUCAGGUCAGUAUUAACUCUAGCCUUUUGAGUUGCCAGUAUGAAAGCAUUUGGGAAAAUUUGGGUCUCUGGCAAUGGGAUCUAAAACUGUCCACAUCACUUGAAAGAAAAAAAAAUACUUCCCCACCCCUAAAAAAAGAGGAUAAUUAAAAGAUACUUUUUAGUAUAACAAUACAUACAAAACAGUGUCAUUUUAUUCAUGGUGAGAAGUGACAAUUUUCACCUGAGAUAAUUAGUUGGCCAAGUUUUUGCCUUAUUGUGAUAGUACACCAUUUAGUUUGCCUUGCAAAAGGAUUUGACCAGUAUGUCAAAAGAAUAGUUGUAAAACACAUCUGUACAGCCUUACUUACUGACUAUAGUUUCCUUUUCAACAUCCGGAGAGGAAGGAGGAAGGCAUUUGUAAUUCUUCAAUGACUAAUACAGUUUUAUUCUAAAUCAGAUCAUUCCUGUUAAUCACUACUUGUUAGUGGCAAGAAAUUUACUACAUUUUAAACAGGAUGAUAGUAGGUAGGGUAACUCAGUCUUGUUGCAGAGAUCUCUUGCUUGCUGUCUGAUUUAAGAUAAAUUAGCCACUGCGUGGCUCUGUGAAGUAACAAAAUUUUGUUGCUUUUGUUUAUCUACAUUUGUCACACCUCUGCCUGCAGUGAGAAAGAUUGGCAGGGGUUAAAACUGGUGAUCUUUCUUACUGUAAGUUAGAUACUACUCCUACCCUAAAGCUAUAGUUCAGCUAUUUGAGUGAGAUGACUAACUUAAUGCAUCUUAAAAUUUUUGAAUGUUUUAUAUAAAAGAAGGAAAGGAACCUAAAACGCGAUGAACUGGGUCUCAGACAUGUCUACAAAUGUGGGUACUAUUUUUAUGCCAGUGUAUUUUCACAUUUAAUAAAGAUAUUUAUGGUGAUA